GCCUUUUCCUAACUCAUGAAAUACUUUGAUCGUCUAUAAAACAGCGACUGGAUGUAGCCUUGUAAUACCUUUUCAUUACUAUCAAGCAGCGUGGUAUCAAGUACUAUCUGCAAAUUGUCUUUGUACAAAACGAGCAAUUCAUUUGUGAUCUGUCAGCGAUUUUCCCGACCCAGCAGACGCUCUCACACUUCUCUCACAUUCUUCCCAAUGGCCAAAGAUUCAGCCUCUCAAAGGGAGAAAUCGGCCAAGCGUCGUCUCAAACAACUAGGAAAGACUAUCAAACCUUCUGUAUCUGGCUGGUCAGAUAGUGAAGACGAGCUUGCUGUUGGUCAGGAAGAAAACAUCAAGUCUGUACGAAUUGGCGAUGUGGUUAUCAACGUAGAUACCCCUAUUGCACCAGAGCUUGUUCCGGAGUAUGAAGAGCCUCUGUUUGACGAUUCACAAGAAGUGCUCAGGCACCUUAGAUGGAUGAUGCAGAAGGACAAAUUGCGACAAGAUAUCUUUUUGAUCGGUCCGCCAGGUCCUCUCCGCCGUUCACUGGUCAUGAAGUAUGCUCAAAUGACAAAAAGAGAGGUUGAGUACGUUGCACUGUCGAAGGAUGUCACGGACGCCGACUUGAAACAGCGCAGAGAAUUAUCCAAGGGCACAUCGUAUUAUGUCGACCAAGCUGCUGUUAGAGCUGCCAUUCAUGGAAGAAUUCUGAUCUUGGAUGGUAUAGAAAAAGCUGAGCGCAAUGUUUUGCCUAUCCUGAACAACUUGCUAGAAAACAGAGAAAUGGCACUUGAGGAUGGUCGUUUCUUGACCAAUAAGGAUAUCAGCUCUUUGGAGGCCAGCAACCCUAAUUAUCUUAAAUUUGAAAAAGUCCAUGACCGAUUCCUUGUCUUUGCCUUGGGUCUUCCCAUCCCAAGAUAUGUAGGAUACCCAUUAGAUCCACCUCUUAGAUCUCGUUUUCAAAGUAGAGAUAUCAAGGCACCCGGAUUUGAUUCCCAAGUCAGACAAUUUCUCACAUUGGCUGGCCCAGGAGCCGACAAAGCAGUCAUAGAACGGCUUAUAUCUAUUAGCAUGGUGCUAGGUGUUCAGAGCGGCAACAACAAAGUGGAUGCCGAAAUUGAUGUUCCUGAGUUCCCGUCCACCAUUGAUGCCCUCGCGGAUAUAUAUUCCAGAUUCCCUCUCGCCAACCUCCGCUUCUUGCUAGACUUGGUUUAUCCUUACCCACUCCUUCCGACUUGCAACGCCGAACAACUCAGUGUCAUUGAAUCUGUAUAUCGACGGUUCCGCGUUUUCUCUCCUGCAAUUGAGGCAGACCAGGAGGCAAUUGAGCAGCAAGUUUUCUCCGGCUACAGCUUAGCCAACAUUGAGCGAUUAGACAGAGACAGUGCUACUGUUGAUGGAUCUUACAUCCGCCCUCAGGCCGUCGCUGCAUUUGCACACGAAGCUGGAAAGCAUUCAGCUGUGGUCGUGGAAUGUGGCUCACACGCUUUUGGACCGGCAGAAUACUUUGUGGAGACUCCAUAUCAUAAAAGAAUAUUGACCGCCAUGGUGAUGGCUCAUGCUGGAGGUCAUGAUUUCUGUCUCGUUGGCACCAACAAGGGUGUUGGCAAGUCUGCUCUCAUUCGACAUUUCGCCCGUAACCUUGGCUAUAGCAUUGAAUUUAUUCCCCUGUUCCGAGACAUGUCUUCCCGUGACUUGCUGCAACGUCGUACCACUACAAACACUGGUGAUACUAUUUGGGAGAACUCCAUGCUCGUUGAAGCAGCCCUCCAUGGACGCUUAGCAGUUCUUGAUGGUGUCGAAACUUUGUCAUUUGGAACCUUGACCACUCUUCAAAGACUCGUAUUGGAACGUGAAGUCCAGCUUCCCAAUGGAAAGCGAUUGGUGAAUCCAAAGCGAUUCUUAUCAUUGAUGAAGAAGCACAACUGGUCACAAGAAGAGCUUCUCAAGGAAAAGGGCAUGAUUCCCAUCCAUCCUUCUUUCAGAAUUGUCUGCCUUGCAAGAGCUGGAAGUGGAGCAGGUCUAGAUGGCCCAGCUGGCGCGUGGUUGACUCCAGAGGUUCUCACUAUGUUCCACUUUGUCGUUGUUUCCCCGUUGCCCAGUGCAGAAGAACAAUCUGUAUUGAAGAUCUUAUCCCCUGGUGUCGACGAAGACAAACUAUCUACUUUGUUAAAGUUUGCAAACCGUUUGAGACGUGAUACAGACGAAAACAUCAAAGUUCUAUCGAACGCUAUGUCUACUAGACAACUCAUUCGUAUUUGUCGCCGCAUUGCUUAUUUCCCUGAUGACUGUCUCCACACCUCUGUUCACAAAGUGUCGCUUUCACGUUUCAUGCCAAAUAUUGCUAGAAUGGCUCUUGAUGAGCUUCUCAAGGCCAAUGGAAUAGCUGCACCGACCGGAAACCCCCACGAGAAUUUAACAAUUGAUGUUCUACCCUCUCGUGAGAAUCCCAAGACCAUCCGAAUUGGAAGUGUCACUGAGCCAGUCUUUGAAGGUGGUGACCCUAUGCUUAUUCCUCAUGUUGUCUUCCAUGAAAAUCCCGCACAAACUUUGGUAUUACAAGAAAUGCUCAAGGAUUACCAAUUGGGAGAGCAUCUUUUGCUUAUUGGUAACCAAGGUGUGGGCAAGAACAAGCUUGCUGAUUACUUCUUGCAGCUCCUCAAAUUACCAAGAGAAUACAUUCAACUGCAUCGUGAUAGCACUGUUCAGAGUUUAACCACUACACCGGCCAUUCGCGAUGGUGUCCUCAUCUAUGAAGACUCUCCUCUAGUCAAGGCUGUCAGCCUUGGUAAUAUCCUGGUUGUGGAUGAAGCUGAUAAAGCACCGACGUUUGUCACGGCUGUUCUCAAGAGCUUGAUUGAAGAUGGACAGAUGGUACUUGGUGAUGGAAGACGCAUUGUGUCUAAUGCUCAAGACAAGGAGAGAGCCGAUGAUAUCAUUGUCCAUCGCAAUUUCCGCAUGAUUGUGCUGGCCAAUCGCCCAGGAUAUCCAUUUUUGGGCAACGAUUUCUAUCGCGAGAUUGGCGAUGUGUUCAGUUGCCAUGCCGUUGAUAAUCCAGACAUGGCCUCCGAAAUGUAUUUGCUCAAGAAAUAUGGACCCAAUGUUCCUGAAGACUUGCUCGAGAAGAUGUCUGCUGCAUUCACUGACUUGAGAAAACUUGUUGACGAAGGAUUGAUCUCUUACCCUUACUCGACAAGAGAGUUGGUAAACAUUGUUCGCCACAUGCAGAUCUAUCCUGAGGAAGGCAUUUCCAAGACUCUUCAGAACGUUUUUGAUUUUGAUCAAUACGAUCAAGCAUCCAAGGAUAUGCUUAUUGAGGUCUUCCAGAAGCAUGGUAUCCCUGUUGGAUUGGAAUCAGAGUUCUCCAUCGAAUUAGGUCAAUCUAUGGAGUUGGGCGAUGCCAACAUUAGCCAAACCUGGGCUCGUUCACCAAGCCUUACUCAGGCUAGUCAAAGUUGCCGUAUGGAAGAAGCUGACAUUGCCGUCAGGGGAGGCUGGGACUUGGAAAACGGUAAAAAAUGGAGAGACCUUGAGCGUAAGGAAGGAAGAUCCUUGACGUUCACAGAACAAUUAUACCAUUUUGAUAUUCCCACCCGUGGAGAAGCUUUGGAUAUUGCCGCAAUGGACGAUGGUUCCAUGUUCAUUGUGACUACCAACCCAGUCACUCUCCAUCGCAUUGAACCUAAACACCAAAAGAUUGAUAGUCUCGACUUGUACGAAUACUUCCCAUUGCAACGUACUCCUCCAAGACUUCGAAUUUCAGUCAUCAAACAAAACGGGCAUGUCAAGUAUCUUGCUCUUCACAAUCCUUCCAACAACGAGCUUCUUUGCUGUGAUUUCAACAAGAACUCUGUCGUGUCUGUUGUCAUUAGAGGUUUGGACCCUGUCAACUCUAUUAUGGUACGAAGUUUGGAAUCAUCUGGUAUUCUUGUAUUCUAUCAAGAGGACCGAUCUGUCAUGGCUGUUUUGGAUUUCAAUACCAGUAAACAAUAUACCAUCAACGCACCCAUUCGUAUCAAACAGCUCUUUGUCUUGGAGCCCGGAUUUUGGAUCGCUCAAGACAGCCGUAGCGAGAAGAAGUUCAUGAUGCGUGCUCAGAACUCCAAUGCCCACGGUAUACCACUUGUUAUGGAACAGAUGGUUGUUAGCGGUAGAGCUGAAAAUGAAGCUUUCAGUUUGUCACAAGUUGCUCAUCUGGAAAGCCCUGAGGGACGCUUCAUGCACUCUGGCUAUCCCGAGCACUUGGCUUCGGUUGGCGUUGACCUCAAGUCCAGCGUCAUGACAGCUCAUCCCGAUGCAGCCGCCAAUAUUUAUACAUAUAUGCGCCGAAUUCCUCUUGACGAUAAGGGUGACUUAUACUCCAACGUCAAGAGCGCCAGUCUGUACCUCGCUGGUACUAGACAAUUUGCCGUUAUUCAUCCUUUCCGUGAUGGUAGAAGCGAAGGUGUCUUGGAAUUGAUUAAUGCUGAGCAAAACCGCGGUUGGAGAAUCAACCUUCCGCUCGCUUAUCUAGGCCAACCUUCUUCAGAAGUUCCUACAGCCGGCUUUGUAAGAACCCCUGUCACCAAGUUCGCCGCCUCUCUUUGCGAAUUGCCAAAUGGACACCUCGUCACUAUGGACAAUGCUGGUACUGUUCGUGUUUGGCAAGUGGAUUCUUCUGAGCUCUUCCGUUCUGCACAAACAUGGAAGCGCAUGGUUGGCGUUGAUCAAAAGGUCCUCUCCGUUAUUUUUGAAAAAGCAGAAGAUGAGCAAGAACAUAACGCAGAAGGUGGCAUGAUCAAUGCUGAUGGACAGGCCGACGGAGGUAACGGUUCUGGCUCUGGCUCCGGAGAAGGCAGUGGUGAGGGCGAUGGAAGCGGCGGAAGCGGAGGCAGUGGUGAGGGCGGCAGCGGCGGCGGUGGUACGAACAUGAAUGAAAAUGGCCGUGAAGCUACAUUUGUUGAUGUUAGUACUUUGGAAUUGCGCGCUGGUUCUGAUAGUCCAAAUGACGUGUCUGAGGCUCAAAAAGAGAUGCAUGAACAAGCCAUGGCCAAACGAUUGGAGCAAAUAAAUAUGACACAAGCCGACUCAAAGUUGUUCCGAACCUAUUUGGACAACGUGAGACGCGAGGUCCGUGAACUUCGUGUUAUUCUUGAAAGCAUUGAAGCCAAGAAUAAGGAACGCGUAUGGCUUAAAAACCAGACAUCUGGUGAUUUGGAUGAUACUAAAAUCAUUGAAGGCUUGACUGGAGAACACAACAUCUACAAGAAGAGAGGUGAUGACGACCCUGAGAUUGGCUUGUUCCAAGAAAAGCCCAAGCGCAUGAAUUUCGUAUUUGAUCUUUCAGCCAGUAUGUUCCGCUUCAACGGUCAUGAUCGCCGCUUGGAGAGAUCGAUGGAAGUCGCUCUUAUGUUAAUGGAAUCCUUCCGUGGUUUCGAACACAAAUUCCAAUACCGAAUUCUUGGCCACAGCGGUGAUGGCGCGAACAUUGAAUUUGUCACCGAAGCUAAAUAUCCCAAGUCUGAAAAGGAAGAGUUUGAGAUCAUCAGCAAGAUGCGAGCUCACUCUCAAUACUGCCUGAGUGGUGACAAUACUCUUGGCGCGGCAUCUCACGCCAUAAAGCAUAUUGUGAAAGAUGAAGCAGAUGACUAUUUUGUGGUCGUCUUAUCGGAUGCCAAUAUUGCACAGUAUAAUAUUAAACCCAAAGAUAUUGCUAGGAUUUUGAAAUCAGACGAUAGAGUUACAGCUCAAAUGGUGUUUAUUGGGUCUUUACAAGAUCAGGCAGAACAAUUAAAGAAAGCGCUGGGUAGCCAUGCUCACAUGUGUACGGAAAACAAGGAACUUCCAAAGAUUAUGAAGUCUUUGUUCCUUGCUUCCAUGAUUAAAGCAUAGAGUAUAAUUUAGACUUACUUGUACUUGUCACCAAAGAAAAAAGAAAUCAAAGAAAGAGAUUUUUGUGCCCCUUGAACACUUUUUGCCAAGAACUGUCGGCAAAUUAAUUAUGCG